UGUGCUGCCCCGAGCUAAAACCCUGAGCUAGAGAAGUGAGGCAGCACCCGUGCCCUGGGGGAAGCAAAGCUGGGGCAGGAAGCCGAGGAGCGGCACCACAGUCGUGAAGGGCGCCCGGCAUGGCCACUGCGGGGGACAUGUAGCUCUGGGGAGCCAGGGCUGAGCCUGCAGCCGCUGGGUGAGCAGGAUGGGGGAAAGGCUCCUGAUCUGGACCUGGAUUCUUCUCCCAGGAUGUUGGGCUCUGCGGGGCCCUGCGGAGGUGAGCGGCUUCCCAGGGGGCUCCGUGGAGGUACCCUGCGAGUACAAGCUGGAGAUGGUGAAUGCCAAUAAGUACUGGUGCAGGGGCAGAAGCUGGUUUUCCUGCUCGGUCCUUGUCCAGACCAUGGCCCCUGGGGACAAGGCUUGGGGCAACAGGGUCUCCCUGCAAGAUGACCCCACUCGGCACGUGUUCGUCGUGACCAUGGAGAACCUGACAGUGGAGGAUGGGGAUCAGUACUGGUGUGGGAUCCAGGUAGCCUGGUAUGACCCUAUGUUCCCUGUCAUGGUGUCUGUUCUCCCAGUGCCCAAGACAACACACUAUGACCUCCACACAACACAAGGGGAAGAGGUCACUUCUGCUCCCACCUUCCCAUGGACUCCUCUGGAGCUGGAAAGCACCAUGUCCACACCAAAAGGCAAAAGUCUGCAGCCUGGCACCACAAACCUGCUUGUCAUGGUCCUGACAACCUGCGCUGUGCUGCUGAUGGUUUUGGGCAUCAUCAUCAUCUGCUGCAGGAUGAGAAGAGCAUCGCUGGAGAGGAGCGGUGCAGCCCAGGCUGUGGAGAGGAAGAGGGACAAGGUCACUGCAAACUGGGAACAAGCAGACAUUUUCAAUAACAUCUACAUGAACAGGGAGUGGAAGCUCAGCUCACUCGAGGAUGACUAUGAGAACAGCCCGUCCAAGUGGCAGGAUUUUGAAAAGGGAGACAAAGUUUCCAUGUCCAGAGCUCCAGAACUGCAGCCGAUCUACAUGAACACCCGCUGA